AUGACAAGAGAACAACCACCAGCUAUUUUUUACGUCAAUGCAGCUUUGUUUGACUGUGAUGGUACCUUAGUCAACUCCACUGGUGCCAUUUCUGAAUUCUGGAGAGAAUUUGGAAAAACCAGACCACACUUUGACCCAGAAGAGGUUAUUAGAACUUCUCAUGGAUGUCGUACAUUUGACGUUAUCAAAAAAUGGUCACCAGAAGAUGCUAUUGAAGAACAAGUUACACAGUGGGAAGGUGACAUACCCGAUUCAUUCGGUCAUCAUGCUAAAGCUAUUCCAGGUGCCGUUGAAUUGGUUAAAUCAUUUGACAAGUACUCCAAAGAAAACACAGAUGAUGGUAGACAGAGGUGGGCUAUUGUUACCUCUGGUACUUUGCCAUUAGCCACUAAAUGGUUGAAAUUGUUGACAAUUGAAAAACCAGACACCUUUAUCACUGCUGAAAAAGUCACCAAAGGUAAACCACAUCCUCAAGGUUACUUGAAUGCCAGAGAAAACUUGGGCUUUGGUGCUAACCAUGCCAAGGUUGUUGUUUUUGAAGAUGCUCCAGCUGGUAUUUCUGCAGGUAAGGAUGCCGGUGCUAUGGUUGUUGGUAUCUGCUCAACUUACGACCCAGAAAAGGUUAGGAAUUCAGGCGCCAACAUUGUUGUCAAAGAUUUAACUAGUUUCCACAUCGAUUCAUACAACAAAGAAACUGAAGAGUUCAAGGUUGUUGUUGAUGAAUAUUUCUACGCCGAUCCACAAUACGUAGAAAACACUGCUUAG